AUGUCCAUACCUUCCUCCUCUAGCAUAUCCACAGCUCCUACAACAAGCCAACUUGUAUUUGCCCUCACUAAUGUCUAUUCUCAGUUCAGUUGUAAACUCUUUGUUGAUGGUUUCAAGUAUAAGCUAUUGAAACGUAUUAGUCAAGACAUGUACAAGGGUGCUAAAGUGUAUGGUCAUAUCAAUGCCAAAUCCCUUCCCAAAGAUGAUGAUGAAUUUUGUCACUCUUUAAAGAAUUUGGAUGAAGCACUUGCGAAUUGUGAUUCAAAAAGUGAUGAGAUAGAACUCAUAAUGCAAAUUCUCCAUCAACUACCACCAUCCUAUCAUAUCAUUUUGGAUAUCAUCACUAAUAUAAAGUGUUUCCCUUCAUUCCUUAAGGCUAAGAACAUGCUACUCCUCCACGAAUCACGAGAAGAAUCGAUUGAUCCAACCAGUGAUUCUAUACUCACAUCUUCCGCUGCACUAUUCUCAUCUGCACCCACCAAUGGAAAAUCAAAAAAUAAAUUUAAUAAGGUUGAAUGUAAUGAACGAUUUGCUUCCAAGGGAGGGGGUAGUUCUAAUGUUUCCGCUAGCUCUAAUUUUUUUUUUCCAGUUACACCGGGCGUUCAAGGUCAAAAUCAUGCUUACUUUAGAACUCAUUCUGCAUUCGGAUCUGCCACGGGACACCAACUGGGUCUCCUCGGACUAGCUCCUCCUCCUGCUGUCGCUAAUGCCUUCUCAUGA